CGUGCCUGUAGUCACAGGGUUUGUUUAACACGUAGUCAAAAACCCACCCAGCUCUCACACAUUCAACCGGGCGUGGAGCCUCCCUAGACAUACUACCGAGUCCGGACCUCAGGGUGACAACGCUGCGCCGUGCCCAACUCCAGCUCACAGCGGGAACACACACAUACACGCUGGAUAACAGGAGAUACUUUUUGAUUAGUUUUUAUUACUAUUAUUAUUUUUGUACGAUUUUUUUCUCGUUUUGAAGCGCGACUGCAGAGACACAUUUGGAAGGUUUUGAAGGCUUUUUGAAGUCAUUUAUUCGGGUUUUGCAGUUAAACGACAUGGAGAGGAUUACCAGUGCGCAACCACCUCCCUGUGUACCCAAACACCCAUCACUGGAUAUAGCUGACAUGCCAGGAAUGGAUUUUCCCAUUUAUGUGUACAAACCCAGAAGGAGCAUGAAGAGCAGGGAUGAGAGCAAGGAGACAUACAAGUUGCCCCACCGUCUAAUCGAAAAGAAACGACGUGACAGAAUCAACGAAUGCAUUGCCCAGCUGAAGGAUUUGUUGCCAGAACAUCUUAAGCUUACAACGCUGGGUCAUUUGGAGAAAGCCGUGGUGCUGGAACUCACGCUGAAGCAUGUGAAAGCCCUGAGUGCUCUCCUGGAGCAACAGCAGCAGAAAAUUAUUGCAUUACAGAAGGACCUGCAAAUUAGUGAUCAUGGAGGUGACAGCGCAGAGAGCAAUGAGGAGAUGUUCCGCUCCGGCUUUCACUUAUGUGCUAAAGAAGUCCUCCACUAUCUGGCAAGCCAAGAAAGCAGCAGGGACCUGACCCCUUCCCAUGUCAUCAGCCACAUCCAAAAAGUAGCAGCUGAAGUCCUUCAGCAUCGUAGCACCGUACACCCAGAUGAGUCCGUCCCUCAAGCUUUGGAGAAAUCCAAGAAACCUGCCGGACAGCCCCCGAGGGCAUCUGAGGGCCCUGCAAAGAACUGUGUUCCUGUUAUUCAAAGGACUUACCCCCAUGGGAUAGGAGAGCAAAGUGGCAGUGACACAGACACUGACAGCGGGUAUGGGGGAGAACACGACAAGCGUGACCCCAAAGCCCAGUGGUCAGAAGGCCAUGCAAGGGAGGGGGAGCUGAAGCACGCAGUGUCUGAGCGCACGGCCGGUGCCAUCAAGCAGGAGGGUGAUGAGCCUCAGGCCAAGAAGUCAAGGUCUGACUCUUCGGAGGACGAGAUUCUCUCCGGUCACGCGGGAGGCCCUGGCAGCUACAUGAGCUUCUCACCCAACCAGCCCCCAUUUUGCCUCCCCUUCUACCUCAUACCCCCCGCUGCUGCAGCAGCAGCCUAUCUGCCCAUGCUGGACAAAUGCUGGUACCCAGGCGGCAUGCCAGUUAUGUACCCAGGCAUGAGUGGCUCUACAGUGAGCUUGCCCCCGGAGACACUUCCCUCAUCCCUGGUGAUGUCCCCAAGGGCAGGGUCUCCGGUUCCCCACCAUCCCGCCAUGGACUCCCCUGCUCUUCACAAAGCUUUAAAGCAGGUCCCCCCUUUGAACUUGGAAACCAAAGACUAAACAGAUGUGUUUCUGUUGGAACUUUGCCCUCCGAAUGUUGAACGGGGUUAAAUGGUUGGCCCACUGAAAAGACUUUAAACAGACCAACGCACUGGUUUCCCUUCAAACCGCAGCCGUUGUUUGGCCCAUCAGAAAACUGACCCCGGCGAAGAACCCCAAAUGGUCACCACCAUAUAUCAUCAGCUCCUGACAUAUUGAAAACAGGACUUCUGGGGCCAACCUGCAGCGCCCAUGCAGAGGCUCAUAUAUUACCUGUUGCAUGGCUCUGAAACACUGUGAAGAUGGUCAGUUCAAAGACGAUGAGCUCACAAGAGAUCGCAAGAACAUUUUUUUAGCAAGGUUCUUCUUCUCUGCGCUCAUUGUUGAAUGUCAGAGGUAAACCCAGAAUGUAAGGCACCCCCCAACCCCUAUUACCAAAAAAAAAAAAAAAAAAAAACAGAAAAAAAAAAACAUUUUUUUGGACCUACUUUUUGCACACACACACACCAGUCUGUAAUGAAUGUAAAGAUUGAACAAAAGCCCCUUGUAGAUGCUGCUUGAAUUAUUAUUACCUGCUGUAGAUCUGUGAAUGGGGGAUCUACCUUCAGUGUUUGUAGCUCCUGUAACUGCAACAAAACAUUGUUUAGACUAGAAUGUUACCAAAAUAAAUGUCUGGCUCAUGUUGAUCAGACAUGUCACAAAAGACGUUGCUUCUUUCACCCUUCAUUUACCUUGGAGCUAAAUGAACACGAGUGUUCAUGAUGCUCAGAGAAUUCAGGGCGUUGUCACUGUACGAGGUGUGUCACUCAUGUCUGUUCAAGAGUGAUGUGGUAUGUGGUAUACAUGCUUUUAUGAUUUAAUUUGUGAGUCAUGACUGUGUUUGCAUCUAGAUGGAGAUUCUGUGAAGUAAUGUCUUGUAAUAAUUUUUGUUUAUACUACUCAUACAUCUCUAUUUUUGAUACGUGACCCGCUGAGUGUACUUGCAUCGCUACCAGAAGAAUUUUGAGGUAGUCCUUUGCUGUAUGCCCAUAGAGUGUGUACAGUUUAUAGCAUCAUGCUCAGCCAGAUUUGCAUCUUGUCCACAAAUUCCCAGUUAAGGCCUGAUCUUAGUUAAUAAUGUUGCCUUUACUCGUUUAACGCAGGCACAAUGAUGGCAGGUGUUUAAAUGUAUUUGCUUUAAAUGUUGUGUCUGUGGCAAAGAGAGUGAAUGUAAAGUUCAAACAAAAAUAAUAGUUUUGUAUAGAGAGAGGUACUUGGGAUUUUUAUUUUGAAAUGUAACACAAGGUUGUUUGUUGUAUAUAUUUUGUAUAUAAAGUAUUAUUGAUAUAUAUUAAAAUAUUAAUAAAGCUUUUCCCCCCCGUG